GGCGUGUUCGUUGAACUGCAGCAGCUUCCGCUCUCUGGCGUCACACAUGUAGCACAACAUGGCCCCUGCCAGCCGGGCUGUUGUUGUGGUAGCGCUCUCACUGCUCUACCUGUGUCGGGCAAUCUUCUCCUCCGAGUAUUUCUCCACUCUGACUUUGUUCAACAAUGAGCUCCACAAGCAGGGAUGCAGCUCGCUGUCCGAGUGGGAAGAGUACGCGGCUGACUGCGAGUCCUCAAUUUUACAGUUGGAGGACCCAGACUGUGAGGAGGGAAGCAACCCGCCCUGCGAGUCAGUCUUCUCACUUAACGCAGAGAAGAUCCUGAACCAGGCCAAGUUGUUUAUAGAGCAGAAAAAAAUCCCCUUCCCUGUAGAUAACCACAACACAAACGAAGAACUCGCUAUAGGCUACGUUCUGAUAGGCAACGGCCUUUAUGAUGAAGCCAUCAAACACUUCUCACUCUUAUUACAGGGCGACCCAGAGCUGGUCAGUGCCAUCUAUGGGAGAGGGAUAGCUUAUGGAAAGAAAAGUCUACAGGACAUAAAGAAUGCUGACUUGGCGUUGUACGAGCUCAACAGAGUCAUCACCCUGGAGCCUAACUGGCCAGAGGUCUACGAGCAGAGAGCAGAGAUCCUGUCUCCUCUGGGUCGUAUCAGUGAAGCCCUGAGCGAUCUGACCAAAGCCAUCCAGCUGCAGCCCUCAGCCCGUCUCUACAGACACAGAGGAACACUGCUCUUCAUUUCAGAGGACUAUGUGGCAGCUAUGGAAGACUUCCAACAGUCUUUAGAGCUGAAGAAGAAUCAGCCUAUCGCCAUGCUGUAUAAAGGCCUCACCUUCUUCCACAGAGGCAUGCUCAAGGAAGCCAUUGAGACAUUUAAAGAAGCACUGAAGUUGAAGUCUGACUUUAUAGAUGCCUAUAAAAGCCUUGGACAGGCCUACAGAGAGCUGGGUGAUUUUGAGUCAGCGAUGGAGAGCUUCCAGAAAGCCCUCAUGUUGAAUCAGAACCACAUCCAGUCUCUUCAGCUGCGGGGCAUGAUGCUGUACCACCACGGCUCGCUGCAGGAGGCCAUAGGCAACUUCAAGAGGUGUCUUCAGUUGGAGCCCUACAACGAGGUGUGCCAGUACAUGAAGGGGCUGAGUCACGUGGCGAUGGGCCAGUUUUAUGAGGGCAUCAAAGCUCAGACUAAAGUCAUGUUGAACGACCCACUGCUGGGACAGAAGGCCAGCUCUGAAUACCUCAAAGUGAAAUACCUCAGAGAGUACUCUCGCUACCUGCACUCCCACCUCGACAUCCCAGUAGCAGAGUACAAUGUGGAUCAGGACUUACCGGGGAACUUUAAGAACCACUGGGCCAAGAACCUGCCUUUUCUAAUAGAAGACUAUGAAGAACAGCCGGGCCUGCAGCCACAUAUUAAAGAUGUGCUGCCGCAGAACUUCGACAGCUACAACAGUGAAGUCCAGAAGCUGAUCUGCACAGCCGACCACCUGGGGGCGCUAAUGCAAUACGACACUCCUGGUUUCUUACCAAAUAGGAGAAUACACAGAGCCAUGGGUUUAGCAACCCUGGAGGUGAUGCAGGCAAUGCAUCGAACGUGGAGCAACUCCAAAGUCAGAGUCAACGGCAAGACCAGGCAAAUGCAGUGGAGAGACAUGUUCGACAUAGCCGUUAAAUGGAGAAGGAUCGCGGACCCAGACCAGCCAGUCCUGUGGUUAGACCAGAUGCCCGCCAGGAGUCUCAGUCGGGGCUUCAACAAUCACAUCAAUCUCAUCAGGGGACAGAUUAUCAACAUCAGAUACCUGGCCUACUUUGACAACAUCCUCGACUUCAUCAAAGACAGAAUACUGGUGUACCACGGGGCGUACAACCCCAGAGGACUCUUAGAGGUCCGACAGGCCCUUGAAAAUGUGAAUAAAGUAGAAGACCUGCUUCCUAUAAUGAAGCAGUUCAAUAGUAAAACCAGAGAUGGCUUCACGGUCAACUCCAAGGUGCCGAGCGUGAAGGAUCAUGGGAAAGAGUAUGACGGUUUUACCAUCACCAUCACUGGAGACAGGGUGGGCAACAUGUUAUUCUCAGUAGAGACACAGACGACAGAAGAGCGGACGCAGCAGUACCAGUCAGAGAUAGAGUCCAUCUAUAAAGACCUCACCGCCAAAGGGAAGGCGUUAAUGCUGUCUACAGAACUAGGGGAUGCAGACGCUGUGUGUAAUCUGAUCCUCUCCUUGGUUUAUUACUUCUGCAACCUCAUGCCCCUCUCCAGAGGAUCCAGUGUUGUGGCCUACUCAGUUGUGAUGGGGGCACUGAUGGCCAGUGGCAAAGAGGUCAUUGGCAGGAUCCCGAAAGGAAAGCUGGUGGAUUUCGAGGCCAUGACCACACCCAGUCCAGACAGCUUCAGUAAAACAGCGAAGAACUGGAUGAAUCUCAAGAGUUUACCAGGUUGGUACCAGAGUCUUCCGUCUGUAGCAGAGACCUUCCCGUCCACCAGAACAAUGAUCGAGGUUCUCAACACAGACUCGUCUUCACACUGUCCAAAGAAGUCCUAACACAACUUCCACACAGGAGAGAAGUGUAUUUGAUAAAGUCUUAAUAAUGGAGCUCGUACACUGGACAGAACAAAGGGAAUGUCUUCUUCUGCAGCCCAAACUAAACUGAGCUCAGUUCUCCAAAAGCAUCUUAGCUUUCAUGGUAAUUGGUUAAAUUUUAAAUUCAUAGUGUUAUUGACACAUUUGGGAAGAAGAUAUUGGUCCUGGAUAGAACUGAGCUGAUAUUAAUACAGAUUCAAAACAUUUUAAAGAGACUUUUCCUCGAUGAAGGGUCGAGAAUUAUUUGAUCAGUUAAUCUUAUUUUGGUAUUGAAUCAUCCUCAAAGCCUGCUCUGCUCUCUGUCAUCCUCCCUCACACAUGACUCAUAGUUUGAGUUCUUACACCACUCAUACUGGAGGCUUAUGAAUACAUUAUGUUGUCACAAACCCUGAAAUUAGACAUUACAACAAAAGACAAACAGAGCAACCAUCACUGGGACUGGUUAUUUGGACACCUGUGUAUCAGCCCACAGUAGAUUUGAUAAUCUUUGUAGGCAAUGGAUAGCAGAGGUGUGGACUUGAUUGACAUGAUUUGGAGUUGAGUUAGACUUUCAAACAAAUUUGAUUACUUUAGACUCGACAAUGACUCGUGACUUCACUUGGCAUUGAGCUUUUUCACUUGAAAAUAGUUGAUACCUUCCUGCAAGCCCAAAGAAUAAAAAGUGCACCAUGAAAUAAAUUCAUUUUCCAUCAUUUCCUGAAUCAGUUAGGCCUAACAUAACAUAACCUAUUAAUCCCCAGCAAGUCGACACUUAAUUCCCCAAAUGAUCCACUUUGCUUGAACCAAUCCCACUGCAUCCAGUCAGGUUGUAGGAGAAAACCAAUAAGAACUAUCUUUACAUUUCUGACUGCCAGUUGGAAACAAAUGAUACCAAAGAUAAAUUCAUUUACGUACAAAAACUGUGCUGUCGUCGACAUAAUCUGAAAGUUAAAUUACAGUUGGAGGUGCAACAACGUUUUAACAAUAAAUACAAAAUUUGGAAAGCAUUUAAUUUAAUAUAUCAUUACUCUUUUUGCAUUGUGACUUGUUCAGGUCUCCAAACUCAAGGUUUAAGACUUGGGACUUGAACCAGGACUUGCCAGUCUUGAUUUGGGACCCAACUCGGGACUUGAGACCUACUUGUGACUUGCAAAGCAAUGACUUAGUCCCACCUCUGAUCGUUAGACUGCAAUAUUUGGCUCCUGGGAUCCAGUUCAACACGUGGUGUACCAGCAACUGGCAACAUCCAGGCCUACAUUUUUUAUUACCACUUCUUAAUUAUUUUAAAACAAUAUAUGACACAUUUGGUCAAAUUGUAUAAAUUUUUAAAGCUCAAUAUUGAAUCAAACAUUUGUCCAGGUACAAAACACACUGACAUUAUGGUGCUUGUGACAACACAUCUUUCAAUCAGUCCCAAUAUUUCCACACUCCAGCUGUUGGGGAGAACGGCAGAGAACAUUGGUGUCACAGUUUGGGAUGCAGAAGCGAUUCUGUCCACCCUCUCUUUUUCUCUGCUUUAUAGGCCAGCUAAAGCACACAGUGCAUCUCAUGAACCAUCAGCAUGAACAAUUUUAUGUUGCUUAGUCAGUCAUGGUUAAAUCUCAGCUUUAGAUUACCUUGAACUUUAAAUUGGAUGUUACGUUUAGUUUGUAAUUGGCACUUUAAAACUUAAUUCGAACCACUGAGCACACAUACACGCACUCAGAGUCCAGCCUAUCAGCAGAGAAGGAGUUCUGGGAUUUAAAAAGAAAAUUCUAAAUCCAAAACCUUCAGGGCUAUUGAAUUCCACUCGGGAUACUUGAAGCAGUCUAUUUUGUUUAGUUUUCUCGACACUUGCAGGAAGUGUCACUUCUCUUAUCGGGUGUUGAACCCCGCUUUCUUUUAUCGUGACCAAUAACGGGUUGGUGUUAAGAUGGGUUGGCUGCUGAACUAGUGUGAGAGCAACAGUCAGAGAUUUUUAGAGAAUUGUCAGUGAGGUACUGGUUGCUUUUUGUGACAGUAAGUCCUCAAAGAUUUGUCAGUUAAUCAUUAGUUGACCAUCAGAAAACAUAGAUUAUUUAUUUAAUGACUGAUCAAGCAAAAAUAUCAAACAUGCUGUUGUUCUGAGUUUUAUGUCAUUAUACUAAAUUAAAUAAAUUUGGGUUUUUGGCUGUUUUUAGGACAAUGACAACUCGAAGACAUCCUCUUGGACUGUGGGGCAUUUUCUUAUAUUUUUGGAAGUAGUUUGUUGCUUCAUAGUUUUCUUUACAUUUUCAGUUUGACACCACUGAGAAACAAGAAAAUAUCAGAUCAUCAGUGCAAAAUCAAUAUUCUUAUACGACGAUAUGAAACAGUUAUUUUGGGCUAAGAAUUAAAAAAAAAAGAAUAUAGUAAAUCCCCGAAGAAUUCAUUCAAAUCUAUAAAAACUAGAAAAGGAGCAAUGGCCAACAUUUUUUUCUUAUUCCUAAGGCUGAUGGAUUAAUCCCUCCAUUUUUCAAUAAAUAAUUUGUAAUAGAAAUGAUUAGUUGCAGCCCUAGCUUCAUGUCUACCUAGCUAUGUACUGUGGCAGAAAGACUUAACAAAUAAGGGUAAUAUGUUAUAAACCAAUCAAAAUAUUUGUUAUAAACGUAAACUUUGGCAAGGAAACCCCCACGUCGCAUUCAUAAAAUGAAGUGGUUUUGAGCAAACGCUGCCUCAACUGCUUCGUUUUUAGACGCCUAAAGAAGGCCCGCCUAAAAAUCAGUAUCAGUUAGAGUGUACGCUGUAUUAAGAAUAUUUUAACUGCUCUACCUUGCUGUCAGACAGCCCUGUACAACAGGGAACUGAUGCCGUUAUCGCAAAGCCACCAGACUCUAUUGACAAAAACAGUAAUUUUACUUCACAGAACACUGAAGUUGCUGGUCUGCCGCUACCUCGAUCAGUCACUGUGCAAAGUGAAGCAGAGAAAGUAUUCCAAAUGUAGCGUACACUUGAACUGAUUGACUUUUCUAGGUGGCUAAAAUAUGUUUUGCUUUGGCCCCCGUCCACACAAUACUUCAUAAAAUGAGCGCCAAAGAAACCAUUAAACAUUUAAACGUUACGGUUACGGCUGAAAACGACAACAGAAAUAAACAAGUUGGCUGAUUUAACAUAUCUCCACAACUCAAAUCAGUUGCCAAUUGUCUACCUAGAAGCGAUUGUCGUUAGAGCAACAUCACGAUAAUUCGGCCUCUAUGUCUCACAUCGAAAUAAUAAAGGUUAAAUGCAGCCUGGUUGUUUAUAGCAGUGUGAAGUUCUCCACAAGCAUCUUAGCUUUAAUGGUAGUGGUUUGCAUUUUAAAUUCAUAGUGGCACUUGACGCAUUAGGGAAGCAGGCGGUGACUCUUCCCCUUGGUCUUGAAGAGAACUGAGAACUUUUCUCUAUAAAGUGGUGAGAAUUAUUUGGUUUCAAAAAGCCACAAUUCAUCUUAUUUUGGUAUCAAAUUAUCUCUCAAACCUGGCUCUGUUCUCCGACAUCCUCCCUCACACGACUGUUAGAUUGAGUAAUUAACCCAGUUAAUACAGGAAGCUCAUAAAUGUAUUGUUACGUCGACCACGUCAUCACAAACCCUAUCUUAAUAGGUGUCCUAUAAUUAUGAUAAUUAUAAGAAGAUCUAACAUUUUGUCAUGUACUCAGUAGAUAUUUGUCUCCAAAUUUGGCCACAGAUAUAAAACCUGAACGUUCUCUGACAUCUCUGACUGUUGGGUCUCGUAGAGGAGUAAUUAUAGAUAUGGGUAAAAGCACACCACAUACUGUUAUCGUCUUUGCUAUCAUUCCUUUAGCUUGCAUCAGAUGCCAGUUGGAUUUUCUUAUGAUCUCAUGGGUUAAAUUUGCUUGUAUGAGAGAGCAAUAGUUUGAGAGAGAGAGCUCAUAUAUCUCCAAAUGUCUUAAUCAUCAAUUUUUUUCCCCUGGUCCCGACAUAUGUGACUAAGUUAACUUUGCAUAGCCUCAUCUCUGUCUUGUCAAGAUCACAGUUUAUCUGGGGAAAACCCCAGAUAAACCCCCCCCCAAAAAAAGUGGAUGAAAAGGUUUCGGAAAUCUUCAUUAAGACAUUUAAUUGGCUUUAAAUUUUAAAAUCUCUUGUUUGGUUUUCUGUUGUGUCCAUUUAUUAAUUUAAAAGAAUGAGUCUGUUUCAUGGAAACUGAACACACACAGAUACAGAUCAUAAAACUGAAGCUGUUGGGGUGAUAUGUGAGGGGGAAAUGAUUUACUCUGAAUGGGAAGUGAUGUUUACAACCUUAAGAAACAAAAGAACUUGAGCGAUAUUGAGGCUAAAUUAGCGUGUAUGCAGCUGCUGCCUGUUUUUUAAAGACUCACCAACGUUGGUUUAAGCACAAGGAGGAAACAAUUUCAGCAGAUAAAGGUAUUCAGUCUUAUGAACAAACUUUUUCUCUUUAAUUUCAAUGUCAAUUUAUAAUUGAAUGUCCAGUUUCUUUAUUUUGUCAUUUAAUAAGAUCCACAAAGUCAGAACAAAUUGAUCUUCUCAGCGGCAUAUCUAAUUUAUUUCCUGCCUUAGUCUGCUUUGUGUCACUUUUUCUUUUCCAUAUCAAUGAUUGUGCUGACUGGUCGUCAUUUUCUUUCUGUUGUUUUGCACUGGGUGACCCAGUCAUUAAGUGCUACGGUGGGCUCUUAAAGCUUGAAACUUGAAGGAGGGGAGUUUUUUUUUUUUAAUUGAAUGAGUGAAUGAAUGUUCAGCAGUCAAUAAAACUGGCUGACAAUUUUAA